UUGCCAGUGAGCUCCACCCAAAGACGGAGGCAGAGGCAUGGCCCUGGGAGCGGACAUGAGUGAAACGCAAGUCGAGAAGCCUGGACAUGUGAAGUUAGAGAUGUCCAUCCCGGUUCCUUCCAAGAGAAAGCAGCCCCUAGACAAGAAGGCAGAAGAGAAACAGCCCUCUGAGAGUCGGGGUGACAAUGGCAGGAGUUCCAAGUCCUCUCCCAUGGGCAAAGAGAACACCUGGCCAACUCAGGAGGUUAAGGUCCUCAGUCAGAAGCGAUCUGGGCAAAGCUGGGCUGUCUCCUCCUGCGGACCCCACAAAAGAAGCAGCAAGCUGGAGGAGAAGCAGAGGGACAGGCCAUUUCGUUCCAGAGAGAAAGGACAGGACAAGCCGGAGUCCACCCACAGAAGAGAUUCCUCGCACACAAAACUGCAUAUAAAGGACCAAAGGUCCCAGCCAAGAUCUCCUGUGAGGACUCUGAAGCGCGGUCGCUCUGGAGACAGCCAAGGUGCAACGUACAACUCUGCCAAGAGGCGCAGACAGUCUUCUCCUCCGGAAGCCAGCUCAUUACCAACAUUCUCACUGCUCAUGUCCAGAGUCUUCACCAACGUGGAUGCCUUGCAGGUGACGCUGGACGACCUGCAAGCCCCCGGAGGUGCCUUCCUGCAUGUGCCCUCGAGUAGCAUGGAGCCCACUGUCUCGCAGCGGGCCUGGCUCACUUGGCAACUGUCUCACGCAGGAGCCGCACUGCAGUGGGCGCUGCACACAGUCAAUUCCAUCUUGACUGCGCAGGCCACCUGGCCCCAAGGCUAUUCCUUCACUGCUGCCCCUAGACCCGUGCCCACCUCCUCUCCUCUCACAAGAUCCAGGCCAGCCAACUAACUGACUUAGAGACCAGGCGACUUGGCAUCUCCCAACCCUUCCGAAGAUGCAAGAAGCAUCCUGGGCUGAACACAGCAGGCCAGAGAGACCAGGAGGCAGGCUUUGAGUCCAGUGAACACCAAAUCAUCUGCCACUCCGGAGGAACUAAACCUCAGAGCCCGGCGUGUCUCCAGACGACACAGGGCGCGACUGUGAAGAAAACCUGGGAAGACUCACUGGGGAACUUGGACUGUUGAAACCUUUCACAGAUGUGGACCCUUCUACCUUGCCCUUCAGGAGAUGUGAGAAACGACAGACUCUUAGAAUUCAAUCAGCCGGUGGAGCUUGGCUCCUCCCCUUUUGGACAGGGUCCCAUAUGCCAAUUGAGUGUCGAACUACCCAUGUAUGGCACAGGCCACCACAACACAUUGACUCGGACCUCCUGGGGUCAAGCUCCCGCCCUUGUGCAUGGCUUGUAGCACAGCGGCCCAGCCGCAUAGCCCUUUCUAGGCACGGGAAAGCCUGUGCUCCGUCCAGUGAGUUUGAACGGCAUUCUUUCUUUCUGCUGAGCACUCAAGCACUGCCGGGAACCCAGACUUUACCUCAGGCUAGCAAGCUGGACUAGGAACUCCCCUAGCUUUGAUAUGUUGAUGAACUUAGAACCACUCAGUAGACUGACUCUCUGACACAGUCAAUCCAUUUAGUACUCUAAAUCUGUUAAGAUUUUUAUCCACUUUUAAUUUCCCUCUUGGUCACAUCCUGUCUUGUAAUGCUUCAUCGUGGUUUUCACUAUUUUAAUAAAGAUUUA